GUUGGCAGCGUCCUGGGGAUCCAGAGAGAAGAAGCUGCCUUGUUUCUCUACCUCCAACGCCCCCCAGUCGCCGCGUUCUCGACGUCGUAGCCCCCCGGGACGAUGGUGAUCCGCCUGCUGCUGCGUGCCUGGCCCCGGGGCCCUGUUGUGGGUCUCGGAGCGCCCUGCCGACCUCUCAGCGCCGCCGCGGGACCCGGCCAGUACCUGCAGCGCAGCAUCGUGCCCACCAUGCACUACCAAGACAGCCUGCCCAGAUUGCCUAUCCCCAAGCUUGAAGACACCAUGAGAAGAUACCUCAGUGCACAGAAGCCACUCCUGGAUGAUGGUCAAUUCAGGAAAACAGAACAAUUUUGCAAGAGUUUUGAAAAUGGGAUUGGAAAAGAACUUCACGAACAGCUGGUUGCUCAGGACAAGCAGAAUAAACACACCAGCUACAUUUCAGGUCCUUGGUUUGAUAUGUACUUAACUGCUCGAGACCCUAUUGUCCUGAACUUCAAUCCAUUUAUGGCAUUCAACCCAGACCCAAAGUCUGAGUAUAAUGAUCAGCUCAUCCGGGCAACCAACAUGACUGUGUCUGCACUCCGGUUUCUGAAGACACUCCGUGCUAACCUUCUGGAGCCAGAAGUAUUCCACUUGAACCCGGCUAAAAGUGACACUGAUACCUUCAAGAAACUCAUACGCUAUGUGCCUUCCUCACUGUCCUGGUACGGUGCCUACAUGGUCAAUGCCUACCCCUUGGAUAUGUCUCAGUAUUUUCGCCUUUUCAAUUCAACCCGUGUGCCCAAACCUAGACAGGAUGAACUCUUCACCGACGACAAGGCCCGCCACCUCCUGGUCCUACGCAAAGGACAUUUGUAUGUUUUUGAUGUCCUAGAUCAAGAGGGUAAUAUUUUGAGUGCCCCGGAAAUCCAGGCUCAUCUCAAGUUCAUUCUCUCCGACAACAGCCCUGCCCCUGAGUUCCCGCUGUCUUACCUGACCAGUGAGAACCGGGACGUGUGGGCAGAGCUCAGGCAGAAGCUGCUGAGUGCUGGGAACGAGGCGGUGCUGCGGAAGGUGGACUCUGCCGUCUUUUGCCUCUGCCUGGAUGACGACCGCAUCACGGACCUGGUGCAGCUGUCACACAACAUGUUGCAUGGGGAUGGCACCAACCGCUGGUAUGACAAAUCCUUCAACCUCAUCCUAGCUGCAGACGGCACUGCAGCCGUCCACUUCGAGCAUGCCUGGGGCGACGGGGUGGCAGUGCUCCGGUUUUUAAACGAGGUGUUUAAAGAUAGCACUCAGAGCCCGGCCAUCACGCCACAGAGCCAGCCGGCCCGCACCGACUCUGCCGCUGCCGUGCAGAAACUCAGCUUCCAGUUGAAUGACACCUUGAAGACAGGGAUCAGCUCUGCCAAGAAAAAGUUUGAUGCCACCAUGAAGACCCUCACCAUCGACUUAAUUCAGUUUCAGAGAGGAGGCAAGGAGUUCUUAAAGCAACAGAAGCUGAGCCCAGACUCGGUGGCCCAGCUGGCCUUCCAGAUGGCCUUCCUGCGGCAAUAUGGGCAGACUGUGGCUACCUACGAGUCCUGCAGCACUGCAGCGUUCAAGCACGGCCGCACAGAGACCAUUCGGCCGGCCUCCACCUUCACAAAGCGCUGCGCUGAGGCCUUUGUCAAGGCCCCCACCAAGCACAGUGCUGCAGAGCUACGGCAGAUGAUAGCUGAGUGCUCCAAGUAUCACAACCAGCUGACCAAGGAAGCAGCGAUGGGCCAGGGCUUUGAUCGACACCUGUUUGCUUUACGGUACCUGGCAGCAGCCAGAGGCCUUGGCCUGCCCGAGCUAUACCAGGACCCUGCAUAUGGGAAGAUAAACCACAACAUCCUGUCCACAAGCACCCUGACCAGCCCUGCUGUAAACCUUGGUGGCUUUGCCCCAGUUGUCUCUGAUGGCUUCGGCAUCGGCUACGCUGUUCACGACAACUGGAUAGGCUGCAACGUCUCCUCCUACCCAAGCCGAAACGCACGGGAAUUUCUCCGUUGUGUGCAGAAGUCUUUAGAAGACAUGUUUGAUACCUUAGAAGGCAAAGCCAUCAAAUCAUAAUUUCUGAAGAGGUGAAAGGCACCCAUUGCUUCAACAUGAAAAUGGGACCCAUGUACCCAAUAGGUGCUAAUGAAACUCAUGCGACACCCGAGCAGCUGGGACUAUAAUGGCUGGAGCUUCCCAAUUAGAAUUUCAAAGUUGCAGGUGCAUCUAGACCAGGAGGGACUAGAUCACAACUGAGAUGAUGGGAGAUUCUACUUGUAAGGAAGUUUGAUCAGGAGUAGGAUUUGGAAAACUAACUCAGGUUUGUAUAUUUAUUGAUGAAUCAUAAAUAAAAUUUAACUGUUGCUUGG